UUCCCUUCAUAAACAGAAACGCAAGAGGGAAGCACUUGGGGAAUUGGAAGUAAAUCAAACUGUAAAUGCAGUUGUGGAGAUUGUUAAAGAAAAUUACUUGGUGGUUUCACUACCAUCAUAUAAUAACACUCUUGGAUAUGCAUCACGAGCUGAUUACAACACUCAAAAUCUACCCCCUAAAUCAUUUGCCAAUGGAGAGAGUGUCAUUGCCACUGUUAUGGCCACUCCCUCUCCUUCAACAAGUGGGAGAUUGCUGCUGCUGCUUAAAUCUAUUAGUGAAGCUAUUGAAACGUCGAGUUCCAAGAGGGCUAAAAAGAAAUCUAGUUAUAAUGCUGGAUCGCUGGUUCAGGCAGAGAUUACUGAAAUAAGGCCACUUGAAUUGAGACUCAAAUUUGGGUCCGGUUUCCAUGGGAGGGUCCACAUAACAGAGGCAUCAGAUGACAAUCAUGCUGAAGCUCCAUUUAGUAACUUCAGAUUUGGGCAGACUCUUACUGCAAGGAUUAUUUCAAAGUCCAAUAUGUCAGAAAGUAUUAAGAGAGGCUAUCAGUGGGAGCUAUCCAUUAAACCAUCCACACUUGCAGGUGAAAUGAUAACAUGGCCACGAUCUGGUGAAAUUGAGCCCGUUGAAGAAUUCAAUUAUUCAACCGGCCAACUCGUUACUGGCUUUGUGUACAAAGUUGACAAUGAAUGGGCUUGGCUAACGAUAUCUCGAGAUGUUAAGGCCCAGCUCCACGUCUUAGAUAGCUCAAGUGAGCCUAAUGAGCUAGAUGAAUUUCAGAAAAGGUUCUCUAUCGGCAGGUCUUUUUCCGGUUAUGUUUUAAGUGCUAAUAAGGAGAAGAAGUUGGUGCGCUUGAUUUCACGACCACUGUUGGUUGACCUGGAAAGAUCUGCCCGUCAAAAAGAUGGCCCCACGGAUCAUUCAAGUGAAAAUAUGGCAUUUCAUAUUCGUGAAGGCAGUGUUUUGGGUGGCAGGAUUUCCAAAAUCUUUCCAGGUGUUGGUGGAUUGCUUGUUCAGAUUGAUCCACACCUAUAUGGUAAGGUUCAUUUCACUGAACUGACAGAUCCAGGGGUUGCUGAUCCGCUGUCUGGAUAUCAUGAAGGACAAUUUGUAAAGUGCAAAGUUCUGGAGACUACUCAUUCAGGCAAGGGCACUGUUCAUAUUGACCUUUCGCUGCAGUCUAUUUCACACAGAACCCAGGAGCAGAAGCUUGCUGUAAACAAUGACACUGUGUAAGUUCCAAAUUCCUUACUUGAAUCGU